GAAAUUUUUCCGUAUCUCGUUGCUCUUAUUGGAUUUGAGAACGUCAUCAUUCUUACCAAAUCGGUAGUCGCUACUCCGAUCGAUUUACCGGUGAAGUACCGAAUUGCUCAAGGAUUGAGUAAAGAAAGCUGGCCCCUGACAAAACACUACGUGACCCAAUUUGUUCUUCUUGGACUGGGAUUUUUCACCUUUCAUCCGACCAUGCAAGAGUUCUGUCUAUUUGCCGUGGUCGGUGUUACUACCGAUUUCUUCCUGCAAUUGUUCUUCUUCGUAUCUGUUUUGUCAAUCGACAUUCGGCGCAUGGAGUUCUGUAAUUUCUCAAAGGCUCAUGUUAGCAGUUCGAAUUUCCUAGCUCAUCCCGAAGCUGAAUUUAAUGUCGAGGUCAUUUUGCUUGCUGCGGAAGCGGCGGCGUUUCUGGCGUCUGACGAGCGACCAACGGAGAAUUUCCCACGUCGUUUACGCAUCCUGCGUAUGUGGGCUAAACACCGUUUAAUUCAACGCUUCAUUGUGGUUUUUAUGUCACUCUGGUUAGCGAUCUUUUUGAUUUAUGCGAUCGAUAUCUCCCAACUGCUACCCAGUGCGUUAAAUUCGCUUAUAUGGCCCCGCAAUGUGGAAACAUCAUUGAGUGCAAUCAAACCACCACAACGCCAUGACAAAUCCGAUUUCGAUGCGAAAUAUGGGUCAGAUAGUGGUGGAGUGGAUUCGGAAUUGGCUUCGACUAAACUGACUACUACCUCAAUGCCACAAACCACAACAACUUCUACCACUCGAAGAUUUUCUCCCUCGGACUUGGACUCUUACGAAUCAGCUCAGUUAAAGUCUGAUAUGCUGACCCUGUUCAAUGAGUUUCCGUUGGCACAUGUUCUUCGACAUCCAACCCAGGCUACAUGGAACCAGUUGCUUCUGUGGAACUACUUGGCUUUUUAUCACUGGCCUUUGCUAGCGAAACACUACAAUCUCAGUUUGGCCGGUUAUCAUUCUGUGUUGCUUGAACCGGUGCAUUUGCAAUAUCGCAUUGAAGUGGAAUCCAUGCCAAACGCAGAUAAUCCAUCCGGAAAUCCACUUUAUAGCACUCGGGAUUCCGAUGAAGCGGGCAAGAUCUCCUAUUGGAAAUGGCAACCAUAUUCCAGUUUUCUUUUGUCGGAUAUCUGGUCGCCCGAUAAGUACUGGUAUCAAUCCAGUGACCCAUCUGUGAACAAAUCCGAGUCGGAAUCCAACCCCCUUCUCACAUUCACGGAGGACUUGAUGCACCUAUUUCGUCAAUCCAAACGAGGCUCAGCUACAGACGUCUCGCCUGGAGGCCUUGCCGGUUGGACUUCUCGCCUGUCACUUACCGCCAGCAUGCUGGGUACCACCGUGCUGUGCUGCAGUCUUGUACUAAUGGCGACUUGUUUGGGUAUGAUCUUUUUCCAAGAAUUGCAAGCCAAGUUUUCGAACGAUGCGUUAUCUGUUCGCCGUCUUGCCGCGUCCUUCUUACGAAGAUCUAGUCGCCGCCGAUCCACUGUUUGGUCCAUGACAUUUAUCUCUGACGGUCGACUCGUAGUUGGAUGUAGCGAUGCGAUGGUUGAGGUGAGUUGUGCAGUUUAUAUUUUGGGCAUUAGGAUACUAGACGUUUAG